AUGACGCUGUUCAGCAGCCUGCGGCUACCGGGCAGGAAGCAGUCAAAAAAUGAGCGGCGCGUGCAUCCGACGGAGGAAGAUGAGAGUGGUCUACACAGGCAGUCCUCAACGGCCUCAACGAGCUCGGCUGAAUUCUUAAUGUACCAGGACGGCCACCGACGGCACAACGAACGCAAGAGGACUGCCGACGAGACAGGGGUGACGUCCCGAGACCCGCUCAGACACAUGAGCAAUGCCAGCAACAAGAGUACGGAUAGCCGGAGGCCCGCCGCAGAAAACAUGUUGACCCACGUGACGGCUGCGUGGAAGGUCUUGCCGACAUUGGUGCCAGGCAUCGCCGUGAGCAAGAAGAAUGCGCGGGUCAAUCUGCUGGUCGUUCGCAACCCCAAGAUGUGGUCGCAAGGCGACGAGGACGGAGGUGCAGGCAAACCUGGGAUCAUAUCUUCCAUCGACGAGGCUACGGAUACGUGCGCUGUUUAUUGGUACGAGUCUGGACAGGUCCACGACCAUUACAAGAUCGACAAGAUGGGCCAGCUCUGCAAGCCAUGCGGCGAUAUCCCAGAGUCGCUUGGUGGGAACGAUGGGCUGGCAAGCGCAGGGAUGGCGCAGUGCGCCAAGGAGGCCCUGAGGACGCUCUUCGGGGGCCGCGGCAAGAAAGGACACCAGACAACCACCCCGAUCGAGCGGAUUGGCCGGCGCAACUCCAAGGAGAGCUACGCGGAGAAAACUCAAACAGCUAUCAUAUUUGACUGGGACGACACCCUGUUCCCAACCACGUUCGUGAGGCACGGUAUGGGCCUCUCCAUCAGGAAGCACCUGAAGGACCAGAACCUUCGGCCCGAAGUGAUGUCGCAGGUCAGGGCCGCGCUGACGAAGUCCGCGGGCGCCGUCGACCAGCUCCUCCGGCUGGCGGACAAGCGCGGGAAGGUCGUCAUAGUCACCUUGGCCAAGAAGCCCUGGGUCACCGACUCCUGGUUCGGCGGCGGAUAUUUCUACCCUGGGAUCGGCGAGCUGAUCAGGAGGCUGAAUAUCCAGAUUGUCUACGCGCAGGAUGGCCAGCACAUAGAGUACAACAAGGUGAACAUGAUGGCAGAGGACCAGUUCGAGACGUUUUGGGCCGAGAUGAAGGGCAAGGCCAUUGCCAGGGCGCUUAGCGAGUUCUACUCUCAGUACGAGGGCCAGUCUUGGAAGAACAUCAUAUCCCUGGGGGACUCCGACUUUGAACGGUACGGUGCGAUGGCAGCGACUAUGCAAUACGCCGUGAGGCAGGGCCUGGUCAGCGAGGCGGAUAUUUUUCCGGCCCGAAAGGCAAUGGCGACGAAGACGCCGCAGGGCGCGGUAGUCGAGGUGGGCUCGCAGUUGUCCGUCUCGGACGUCAAGCACCACAUCAACGUGAGUAGCGGGAGGCGGAUGUCCUGGGAGGGCACCGUCAAUGGCCACGAGUUCAAGGUGCGGACGAAAACAUUCAAGAUGCUGGACGAUCCGACGGUGGAAGAGCUCAUGGUGGAGCUGAGGCUGCUGCAGCAGUGGCUCCCCAUGAUGGUGAAGCUGAACGACAGCUUCGACGUCGACCUAAAUUGCCUUGACGACAAGACGCACAUAGACAAAAUCGAGAACACGUUGCGACUGCUGGAGUCGUGA